AUGUAUUCAUCAUUUAUUACUAAAAGACCUAUUGGAUUUAGUUUAUUGGGAACUUGCAUGAUUCUUGAUCUAUUUAUUGCAGCAUCUUAAUACUCUAAUUAUUGUGAAUUUUUUGAUAAACCAAUAUAUAAAGUAUCAUCAGAUAAUGGAAUAUCAAUAUAUUAAACUAAUUCAGAAGGAUGUGAAUUAAGUUAAAAUUUUGAAUUAACAUAUAUGGGAUUAAAUGUUAGUGAUCAAAAUGCAAAGGCAGAAGUUGAUAAUAGAAUCACAAUCUUAAAUUCAAUAAAUACUGAAUUAUUUGCUUGCAUUGCUCUCUUUGUAUUCUACUUUCAUAUUUUUACAAGUUUUUUACCUUUAUUUCUAGACUUUGUAUUAACUAUUUCAGAAUAUUGGAUGUAAAGAACAAGGAAUACACUAAUGAUAUCAUUAAUAAGAAACUUAAUUGUAAUUAAUUGGCAAUUAAUGUAACCCUUACUUCUACUUACAACUGUCGUUAACAAUAUUACAUAUAAAGAAUGCUUUGAAGUUUAAGAUUUAAGAUUUCUGAUUCCAAUUUACACAACAGAAUGGGCUAUUCUCUUUAUUGUUGUAAUAGUUCUGGAAACAUAUACACUUUUUUUCUUUUUAGUUAAAUGGAGAAAUGAAUUCCCAUGCUAUCUAUUAAUAUUUUAAAUGUUCCAUUUUGGUAUAUUUCAUACUGUCAUUAUUUAUAAUAUGGUUAAGGGAUCCAAAAAAUUAUUACAAGUUCUAUUUACUUAUAAAUAGUGGGUGNUAACUUCAUAUUCAGCAAACUAAUUAUCAUCUGUACCUUCUUAUUUGUUUGUCACUUUACAAAAUAAAAAUAUGCCUUUAUUAAAAGAAGAAAUAAUUUUGCAAUGCAAAUUAUUUAGUGUUUCAUACUUCAAAUAAUAAAAUUUCUCAAAUUUUUAUUUAAAUUUUUAAUUACUAAUCUUUCUGACCAAUUCUAUAUAAUCUGUAAAAUUAUUCAUUAAUUAAUUUUAGGUAAUUUAACUCAAACCUAAAAGUAACAAUUAAACAAUAAAAAACAUGGGUAAAUCUUAGUCAAGCCAUAAGAAUGAUACAGAAUUUAUUAAAAUUGCAGAUAGUUUUAGUUUAUUAUAUAAAUAGUUAUAGAAGAAAAUCUACAUUUGCAAAAGGGAAUUUAGUUAAUGAAAGGUAUAUAUCAUUAGUUGAAUUUUUUGGGUUCUAAAUCAAAUAAGUAAAACUUUAAAUUCAUUAUUGAUUUAAAUUCAUUUGGAUAAAUGAAAUACAUAUAUGAUGGAGAAAUACUGAGAAUGUAUAUCUUUUUUAUAUAAAUAAAGUGAAAACAUAAGAAAUCUAUACAGAAAACCUGAGAUUUUGAUUUAGUUAGAAUAAAUUAGAAAUUAACAAUGGAUAGGGCAAUAUGGAAAAUAACAUUUGCCAUUUGGAAAAUGGAGGAUGGUUUGGAGAGGGGAAUAAUAGAUUUUAGGAGGAUCAUACAAUUUUAAUGGUUAGAAAGAAGGAAGGUGGGAAGAAGCUUUUGAAGGAUAUUAAGAGUAUUAUAAUUAGUUUAAAAACUAAGUAUUUUUUAAGUUAUUUUUAUUGGAAAAUAUUAACAAGAUUUAAGAUAAGGAAGGUGGAUUUAUCAAUAAGAUAAAGACAGAAUGUAAAUAUUUAUAUAAUUUUUAAGAGGUGGAGGUGUGUUUAAUUGUAGAGGUUAAAAGUAAGGAUUGUGGAUUGAGCUACAUGAAAAUUAUUCAAAGUAAUUAAUAUUUAAAAUGAAGAAAUUGUUUGGUAAAAAUUCAAGGAGAGUAUAAAAAUAAUAAAAAACUUGGAAAAUGGUUUUAUUAAUUUAAAAUAUCAUCUUAAAAUAAAUUUUAAUUUAUGUAUAUUAACUUAUAUAUAUAGAACAGGAGGCAAUUAUAAUGAAGAUGGCUAAAAGAAUGGAAAAUGGCUUGAUUUGAAUUCUAAUUUUGAUUAGUAAAACAUAUAUCAUAUUUAGUAACUAAUAAAUUGCUUAUUUUGGUGAUUAUCUUUAAGGGAGAAAGUAAGGAAUUUGGAAUACAUUUAUGAUAAAUGAUAGAUAACAAUAUUAAAUUAUGUUUCAUUUUAGUAUAUAUAUUUAGAGGCUGUGGAAUUUAUGAUGUAAAUUAAUUAGAAAAUGGAUAUUGGCUAUAAUUAACUAAAAACUAAACGAAGUAUCUUUGAUUUAAUAGUGAAUAGAUUCAAUUAUUAAAUUCAUAGAAUCGGAUAAUAUGUCAAUGGAAGAAAAAUUGGGAUAUGGUAAACUUUAAUAGGAAAUUAAAUAGUGUAUAUUUUUUAAUCUAAAUUAGUGGUACAGGAACAUAUAAUUAAGCUGGAUAAAAGAAUGGAAUGUGGACUCAUUUUCCUAUUAAUUUUUAACCUGAAAAUAUCGACUUAAAAAUAAAUUAAAUAUAAGGUAAAUUGGUCACUUUUGUUGGAAAAUAUAAAAAUGGUUUGAAGUAAGGAAAAUGGAUUUAAAAAAAAGGAAAAUCAAUAAAGUAAAUUAUUAGAUUAAAUUAUAAAGAGGGAAAGGAGAAUACAAUAAUGAGGGCCAUAAGAAUGGAAUUUGGGUUGAAUUAUGGAAUUUCAAAAUGUAAAAUAAUAUAGAAUAAAAUUAGAUCUUGCUCAGUAAUAUUAUUGGGAGAAUAUUAAAAAGGAAUAAAAUUGGGUUAAUGGGAUAUUUUAAUUAAAAAAAAUAAAAGUUUUGAAAAAAUGUAAAUUAUUAAUCUUUGUUUAAAUAAGUGGAGGGGGAAGAUAUGAUGAUCAAGGGAUGAAGCAUGGAAAAUGGGUUACAUUGCAUGAUAAUUAUNGAAAUACUGAGAAUGUAUAUCUUUUUUAUAUAAAUAAAGUGAAAACAUAAGAAAUCUAUACAGAAAACCUGAGAUUUUGAUUUAGUUAGAAUAAAUUAGAAAUUAACAAUGGAUAGGGCAAUAUGGAAAAUAACAUUUGCCAUUUGGAAAAUGGAGGAUGGUUUGGAGAGGGGAAUAAUAGAUUUUAGGAGGAUCAUACAAUUUUAAUGGUUAGAAAGAAGGAAGGUGGGAAGAAGCUUUUGAAGGAUAUUAAGAGUAUUAUAAUUAGUUUAAAAACUAAGUAUUUUUUAAGUUAUUUUUAUUGGAAAAUAUUAACAAGAUUUAAGAUAAGGAAGGUGGAUUUAUCAAUAAGAUAAAGACAGAAUGUAAAUAUUUAUAUAAUUUUUAAGAGGUGGAGGUGUGUUUAAUUGUAGAGGUUAAAAGUAAGGAUUGUGGAUUGAGCUACAUGAAAAUUAUUCAAAGUAAUUAAUAUUUAAAAUGAAGAAAUUGUUUGGUAAAAAUUCAAGGAGAGUAUAAAAAUAAUAAAAAACUUGGAAAAUGGUUUUAUUAAUUUAAAAUAUCAUCUUAAAAUAAAUUUUAAUUUAUGUAUAUUAACUUAUAUAUAUAGAACAGGAGGCAAUUAUAAUGAAGAUGGCUAAAAGAAUGGAAAAUGGCUUGAUUUGAAUUCUAAUUUUGAUUAGUAAAACAUAUAUCAUAUUUAGUAACUAAUAAAUUGCUUAUUUUGGUGAUUAUCUUUAAGGGAGAAAGUAAGGAAUUUGGAAUACAUUUAUGAUAAAUGAUAGAUAACAAUAUUAAAUUAUGUUUCAUUUUAGUAUAUAUAUUUAGAGGCUGUGGAAUUUAUGAUGUAAAUUAAUUAGAAAAUGGAUAUUGGCUAUAAUUAACUAAAAACUAAACGAAGUAUCUUUGAUUUAAUAGUGAAUAGAUUCAAUUAUUAAAUUCAUAGAAUCGGAUAAUAUGUCAAUGGAAGAAAAAUUGGGAUAUGGUAAACUUUAAUAGGAAAUUAAAUAGUGUAUAUUUUUUAAUCUAAAUUAGUGGUACAGGAACAUAUAAUUAAGCUGGAUAAAAGAAUGGAAUGUGGACUCAUUUUCCUAUUAAUUUUUAACCUGAAAAUAUCGACUUAAAAAUAAAUUAAAUAUAAGGUAAAUUGGUCACUUUUGUUGGAAAAUAUAAAAAUGGUUUGAAGUAAGGAAAAUGGAUUUAAAAAAAAGGAAAAUCAAUAAAGUAAAUUAUUAGAUUAAAUUAUAAAGAGGGAAAGGAGAAUACAAUAAUGAGGGCCAUAAGAAUGGAAUUUGGGUUGAAUUAUGGAAUUUCAAAAUGUAAAAUAAUAUAGAAUAAAAUUAGAUCUUGCUCAGUAAUAUUAUUGGGAGAAUAUUAAAAAGGAAUAAAAUUGGGUUAAUGGGAUAUUUUAAUUAAAAAAAAUAAAAGUUUUGAAAAAAUGUAAAUUAUUAAUCUUUGUUUAAAUAAGUGGAGGGGGAAGAUAUGAUGAUCAAGGGAUGAAGCAUGGAAAAUGGGUUACAUUGCAUGAUAAUUAUAAUUAGUAUAAUCAAUCAAUAUAUUAGUAAUUGCUAAGUUUUAGAUGUUGGAUAAUACCAUCAUGGAAUUAAAGAAGGGAAAUGGGACGUGAAAAUAUUUUAAUAUAAUGAGCACGAUGUUUCAAUAUAUGAUUGGCCUUAAAAUAAAUUUUACAUAAUGUAACACUAUAUUUUUAUAAUAAUAAGAGGUGGUGGAAAAUAUCAUAACGGACAAAAAUAUGGAUAAUGGAUAGAUUUAGAUGAAUCUUAUAAUCAACGUUUUUAAAUUUUAUAUGAGGGGUAAUACAAAAAUGGUCUAAAGUAUGGAAAGUGGGAAAUGAUAAAGUAUAAUAACUAAGAUGUACAAAGAAUGUAAUAUUAAUAAAUAAAAUUAGUUGUGAUUGUAUCUAUGAUAAAGAUGGAUUCAAAAAUAUGUAAUGGAUUGAACUGAAUAAUAAUAAUCUAUAAUUAGAAAAUUAUUAAAAAAUAAACAAAAUAAAAAAAACAAUAGAUUAAUAGAGAUCUGAAAUAUGA